AUGCGCGGCAGCGCCUUCGCAGACAUCGAGCUGGUCUGCGCCGACGACAACCACGACAACUUGGUGCUGAAGUGCUUGGACCGCUUCGGCAGGAGCCUAUUCUUCCAGGAGGCGCGAGCCCUGGCCAAGGUCCGGGGAAUCGAGGGACUGCAGCAAGUGGAGGCUGUCAUGGUCGAGGGCAGGCGAUACACCAUUGUCUCCCGCUACGCCGGCGACACGCUCUCCAAGUGCGUCAAGGAGGAGUUUCUCUCCUGCGACCAGCUGGAGGACGUCCUCCAUCAGUUGGGCGCCGCCCUCGAGCGCAUGCACGAGGCGGGUGUGACCCACAGGGACCUCCACCUCAGCAACGUGUGCGUCCUUUUCGAGGAGCAAGUGCGAGCAGAGAUCAUCGACUUCGGAUACGCUCGCUCCGAGGCCGAGAGCAAGUUCGAGGAGAAUAAGCGGUACGACCGUGACUGCCUCUUCUUCCUCGGAGCGUAG